GUAAUGGCUCUUAUCACAGCAGGAGAUGACCCAUAAUGCAGCAGGUUGCCGCCGGCCCAGUUCGCUCAACAGUACAUAACUUGACACAAAAGAAAUCCACCAAGUAAACAACUCGGAGCUCAGUGGCUACAACGAGUCAUGGCCCUCCGCGCAACUAUGAGCAACACGCUACUCUGGCUGGUCGCAGGACACGCUCCUCACCCACGUUCCCGCGCUCCGCACACCUCAAGACCGAGCCGUAGCGAGACCUCCGUUGUUGAGGCAUGCGACAGGUUUGUGAACAACGAGGGAUACCUACAUCAAUACCUACAUGCAUUCAGCCCUCUCCAACCGCCCACUCGCCCACCCAGCCCCGCUAUCUUUCCUCCCAACGGACAUGCUUGAUGCUAUACAAGAUUCAGCCCAUAACAGAGUCGACUCUCUGCUCUUGGUCUGGUUCACCAGGCCACCUAUUCUUUCUUCCCUUGCUAGACCACAAUGAUCGCGGAACAGUACAUGUGGCAUCACCUCGCCAUUCUUCGAGACGUGUGUUGGCGCCAUGUACGAAAGGGCAACGGUUAGGCUGCAGUGGUCCUUGCGUGGUAUGUGAUGUACACCAUUAUCGGAUCCCAUGCAUGCUGCCAAUUUAUCAGGGUUCGAGAUUUGUGAAGACGCUAUGCCUGUGGCAGAAAAUCAUCUCUUUCGCUUGUCUAUUUAGGGCGCAAAUCGCGACUGAUACUCUGGGGCAGACAGCCAGGGAUCUCCCCAGACUGCUUUAGCUUCUUCGGACACAACCCAUGCACUUCUCCGGGAGUGCUUGAAGAAUGACACGGCUGUCGUUCGGAUGACACACGGGCCUCGAGCACGGAGUAGACUUUGAGCGUUGCCAGUU